AUGUAUGCUGUAUUGUCUCUAGUCGCUGCUCAGCACAAGGCCUCCUGGAUGCAGAGGUGGACCUCGUUCCGCAGUUGGAUCUCAGCCGGUCACAGGAAACAGGAAGACGAUCAAGGCGUUGAGGAAGAGGACUCAGAGGACGUGAGGAUCUACAUCCCUUAUGAGUCUGCUGAGCUGUGCAUCACUCAGAUAGCCGAAGACAUGGAGGCCAUGAAGAACAGACACUUUGAAAUGGUCAAAGAGCUGGAGGUGAACUUUCAGAUUGCGGCUCGAGAAACCCAGGAACGCGAGGUGUUGAAGGUCCGGGCCCACUACCAGAACAAGAUGAACGCCCUGAAGACGAUGCUUGCUCUCUAUCAGGGGAAGGUGGAGCAGAAGGACAAAGAGUGGCACCAGAAAGUCCAGGCCCUGACAGCCCUGAGGGAGCAACUGCUCGAGGAGCAGGGAGUAGAGAGAAGGAGGUGCAAGGAGGAGGCGCAGCAAUGGCACAGGGAGAAGAGCAAAAUGCUUGAGCUGUUCUCCAGCCGCCUGGACCUCCUCAACAGUCACCAGGCCUCUACCCUCCAGGAGCUACAGAUGGCCAGACAGGAGGUCGGGAAAGUCCAAGAGAUGUUGAUCGCCGCACAGGAGCAACGACAGGAAGCCGCCGAGGAAGGUGACUCCCCCGAGAACAAUGAGGAGUCUGGAAACCCUGCGGCCUGCAGUGAGCAAGAGCUGCCACUAGAGGGGGCAAACGCCCGCCUGGAAGAGCUGAAGGAGAGCCUGUACCAGAGAGAGCGUGAAAUCACGGAGCUCCUGGGGGAAGAGGGGAGCCCCAUCCUUCCGCCACCCUGCGCUACUCUUCUCCCCGUUCUCAUCCAGAAGGCCCAUGCGAUCUGUCUAACCGUCCCUGAGGCCAGAACCCAUCUACAGCAGAUGAUUGAGGAGAAUCAGGCUUCUUUGCUUCAAGCCAGAGACAAACUGGAGCAAUUCAAGAAGACCAGAGAGGACCAAAUACCCACCGAAGAAGAGACCGCCAACCCAACUGAGCUGUCUGCGUUGGAGGAGGCAGUGGUCGAGGGGGAGGUCAUUCAGAUGGCUCUCAACUACAUUAGAACUGGAGGCAUCCCUGUUAAGCGGGAAUGCGAUGCAGUGGAGGCGGAGGCGGAGGGAGUGAAGACUGUUGGCCAGCAGCUCCUGGGUCUACAGGACCAGUUGAAGCAGGUGAAAGAGGAGAACAAGAAGGUGAUAGAGAACUACACAACUGAGAGAACCCUCCGGAAGAAGUUCUACAACAUGGUGGAGGACAUGAAAGGUAAGAUCCGGGUGUUCUGUCGGAUCCGGCCCGUGAACCGGGCCGAGGCGGCUCAGGGGGGGGUCGUCGUGGUGGAGAAGCUGGACGAUUACUCGGUUGCCGUGGAGACCCCCCGUGGACUGAGGGAGUUCCAGUUCGACCGGGUGUUCAGCACUGAAAGCUCCCAGGAGGAGCUGUUCCAGGACACCCACAGAAUGAUCCAGUCGGCCAUCGAUGGCUUCAACGUGUGCAUCUUUGCGUACGGCCAGACGGGCUCAGGCAAGACCUUCACCAUGGUCGGAGACAAGGAGUACCGGAGCCCGGGCAUCAUGCCCCGCGCCUUCACCGCCAUGUUCGACAUCAUCAAGGACAACAGCACCCGGUUCGACUGCAAGGUCUCAGCCUACAUGCUGGAGCUGUACAACGACCAGCUCCAGGACCUGCUGGUGGGCCAGGCGGGGGAGGGGCCGGCCACGCAGGCCCCGCCCCACGCCCCGCCCCGCAGGGUGGAGAUCAAAAGGAACAGGAAGGGCGUGGUGUUCGCCCAGGGAGCGGAGACCAAGCAGGCCACCAGCGCCCCGGAGCUCCUCGCUCUGUUCCAGCAGGCCUGCGCCAACCGGCACAUCUCCUCCACCAAGAUGAACUCAGAGAGCUCCCGCUCCCACCUCAUCAUGGGCAUCAUGGUGGAGAGUAGGAAUCUGACCAACGGCAGCGUGAGCUGUGGGAAGUUGAGUCUGGUCGACUUGGCAGGCAGUGAGAGAGCGGCAAAGACCGGCGCCAAAGACCACCAGCUCAAGGAAGCUAACUCCAUCAACAAGUCGCUGAGUGCCCUGGGUGAUGUGAUAUCAGCCCUGUCCUCUGAACUGCCUCAUGUUCCCUACAGGAACAGCAAACUCACUCAGGUGAUGCAGGAUUCCUUGGGUGGCAACGCCAAAACCCUGAUGAUCGUCAACAUCUCUCCCUCGCAGUAUAACAUGGACGAGACCCUCACCUCCCUAAUCUAUGCCACGCGAGUCAAGGCGAUCACCAACCACGCUCAGAGAAACCUGGAAAGCAAGGAAAUCGCAGCUCUCAAAGAGGUGAUCUUGAAGCUGAAAUCUGGACAGACGGUCGAGGAAGAGGAAGUCUGAACUCUUCCAAAGCAACUUUAAUUGUGUUGUUCUGUGACCAUUCUUCUAUCAUAGUUGACUUAACUUUUGAUUCUGAAUGUGUUUAUUUGUAUUUUUUAUAUUUAUUCAUGGAAGUCAAUGGACUAUUAUCUGACUGUACUGUACUAAUGACUGUAACAAUACCUAAUGCUCCAUAAAGGACUUCUUAGCCUAUAUGAACACUUCAUCAUAGUACUUCAAUCAC